AUGCCUUACACGCCGCCCUCUCACCGAUCUCCCGCCUCCUCAGCGACAGUUUCUCCAGAUGUGAGCCGGCGUUCAUCAAUCACCUCCGGCCAGAAGCCGUCGCUGCCUCGCUCUGCCUCAUACCUCAACAAGAACCGCCGAACGCCCUCUGCACCUCCGUCCACUGAGGCUCACUCCACGCCGUCUCCGCCCUAUGGCUCCUCCGACGAGGUCAAGAACGCCGGCGCAGCCCCUCCUGUGAGUGCCAGCCUGCGCAAGUCGCCGCCGCCAGUUACGGACGACCGCGGGAUCCCGAAUGCAGCCAUCAUCUCGCCGCCCGACUCGGCAUCGUCGGAUAGCGAGGAUGAUAGCCGUCCGGAGAUCCGGGGGCGCAAGCUGGGGAAGCUCAGGGACGCCGUCAGCCAGAUCCCCCAGCCCCGGACACCGUCGCCGCCGAGCAAAGAGUCGAGACUCAUCGUCCCUGACGACGAGACUCCUCGGAGCAUCGUGCACACCAGCUUCAGCGCCAUGAGCCUGAGCGAUCUGCCCAAGGCGACGGGGCGCCGGGGCCACGUCCGGUCGGCUACGGAUCCCAACGUAUCCGCCAUCAUGACCUCUGCCGAGAACUCGCAGACCGUCUCGGAGGACUCGGAAGACGACAUGAGGCCGAAGCCGCCGAUGGUGCGCAAGAAGUCGGGCGAGCUGGUGAGGCCGGCGCUGCGAGGGCACAAGCGCCCGUCCAGCGUGCCCGGCACUCCCAUGUUCACCAAGGCCGUGCACUUCGACUCGCACCUGGAGCACAUCCGCCACUUCCUGCAGGUUGACCGGCCGCUUGCCGUUAGCGCGGGCUCGUCUCCCGUCGAAAACUACGACAGCGAGGCAGAGUAUCCCUUCCCUGGCGGCGAGAAGCGGGCCGUUGCGCGAUCACCGCCGUUUGACUGGCAGCUCAUCACCAACAACUUCCCCCCGGACUCGCCGCAGCGACGCGAGCAGCCCAAGUCGGUUGUCUGCCGUUUCACACUCGACUAUUGGAAGACAACUUCGGAAGUGGCAGCCGAGUUCACCCAUGAGAUCCGCCCCCAGACAACUCGUGUCCCCCAAGACCGCUUCACCUUCUCCAUCAAGCUGUCGGACACGAUCAACCUGGAGAUGAAGACGCUGUACUUCUGCAUCCGCUACAACGUCAACGGCCAGGAGUACUGGGACAGCAACAACUCGGCCAACUUCCAGGUCGACUUCCGCAAGCAGUUUAAGCCUCAGAACGGUAAGAACAGCUUCCAGGGUGCCGUGUCACGGUCCGCUAGCAACAACUUGCCGCGCAGCAACCGCAAGCAGACGCCUGCAGGUUCCGGCCGGUCCGGACAGAUGUCUUUCUCGUUUGAAGAUUUUGAUAAGAAACCAAAGUUUAAGUUUGACGACCAGCAAAUCAACGACUACUUGGGCGAGUCCAACACUCCCGGCCUCCGCCUCAAGACCAAGUCGGCCAGCAAUCUGGCCAGCGACAACAUCACCAGGGGCCUGGGCCUGACCGCGCCCAGCGGCCUGGCCUUUGCCAACCGUUACGACUUUGGAGCGUCGUUGAGCGCUGCCGUCCAAGCGGCCAAGGACUCCGCGGCCAAGGACAAGGACGCCCUCUAUAUGAAGAGAAACGUCCGCAACAGCCCGACGCCCAUGUCUUUCGGCCCGCCUCUGACGAGCGCACCGCCCGCUCCGGAGCCCAGCAAGCCUGCCGCCGCACCCGCUGCUUCUGCUGCCGCUGCCGCUGCCGCUGCUGCUCCCUCGCCCAAUGUUGGCCUUGGCCUCGGCCUCUCCAGCUCUUCCUACGAAGAGCUCGUCAGUAAAUACUGCUUUUUUGGUUCGAAGCAAUCGUCCACCACGGCCACGAAUGGAGCGACCAAGAGCGAAGAGAACGAUGGCGGCAGCCCUGCGUCGGAUUCCAUGGCGGUUCACCCCCUUCACCACACUGGUCCUGCGGCUCACCACAGCCUACAUCAACCUAUUGAUAUGAAGAUCAACCGCCCCCUGACCGCCGACUACCUCGCGGCAUCGCCCUCGUCUCUCGACUCCGUAUCCUCUGUCCUCAUCAGCAGAGAUCAGUCGUCGACUCCCAAGUCCAUGACGCACAUGAGGUCGCCAUCGCCGUCCUUUUCCACAUCUCCCACUGAUGCCCCGUUCUUCGCACAGCAGAUGGUUCAACAACGAUUUCGCUGGCACGGAGAGCCUCAUACCGCUACCGCCAUCCGGGGCUAG